AUGACUCCUUAUCCUGGUUAUUUUCAGUACUCGGAAGUCGAGAACGUAGUGGAAAUAAACGUUGGUGAAGAGUCCGCACCUCUCUGGGAUGAGUACAAAAUGUUAAUGACAAAUGUUGACGAUUAUUAUCCUCGUUUAAAAGCUUUAAACGAACAUUCAAUAAAACUAGCUAUAGCGCAACUACAGUCCAAACAAAUGGCAGCUUUAUUUAUAAACCCCGAUGUGAAGUUUGAUUUGUUAAUAACAGAAGCUGAUAUGCCAAUACUAUAUGCAGUUGCAGAUAAAUAUAAUGUGCCGCAUAUAUCAAUUACUACUUCCAGUGGGAAAAUACAUCAGUACGAAGCUAAAGGCAAUCCAACACAUCCCAUUCUGUAUCCAGAUGUUAACACAAUUAAUUACAGAAACGCGAGCACAUGGCAGAAAAUUGUUGAACUAAAUCGCUUUUAUCACUCUAAAUAUGAGUAUUACAACUACUUCCUACCUUUAUGUGAGGUGGCCGCUAAGAAAAUCCUUGGAUUGAAAAGAAGCCUUCUAGAAGUGGAAUACGAUAUAGAUUUGCUUUUCAUCGCCAGCAACCCCGUCUUGAUAGGAAACAGACCGUCGGUUCCGGCUACUAUUUAUACAGAUCGUUUGCAUAUUGUUCCUGGGCUGCCGUUGCCCGCGGAAUUAAAGUCGCUUAUGGACUCGGCAACAAAGGGUGUAAUAUACUUCAGUUUAGGAGCACUCCAACAGUCGCAACAACUAGCACCUGAAGUAUUAAAUGUCCUAGUGGAUGCCUUUAAGGAAGUUCCGUUCAUGGUGCUAUGGAAGAUUAGUAACGCGACCGUGAUAAAUAAGCCUGACAACGUAAUCACACAAGCUUGGUUCCCUCAACAGGAAGUAUUGGCACACCCCAAUGUGAAAGCAUUUAUUACUCACGGUGGUGCACGAUCUUUAGAAGAAGCAUUGUAUUAUGAAGUUCCUAUCAUAGGAUUUCCGUUAUUGAAGUCUAACAAAGUAUUCAUAAACGAAAUGACAAGACAUGGCGUCGGCGAAAUUGUGGAUCCUUAUUACUUGGAAAAAGAUGCGCUCAAGGCUACAAUUACCGCUGUGGCUGGCGACGAAAAAUACAAACGAGCCAUGUCCAGACUCAGAAGCAUUGCCUAUGAUCCAAUUUUAUCAGGUCCUGAGAACGCUGUCUGGUGGACGGAAUAUGUGAUACAGAACGGAGGUGCUCGCCAUUUUCGUUCUCCUGUAGUCGGCAGUUCCUUCUUUAAAUAUUUAUUGUUGGAUAUUGUUACAAUUUUGCUAAUUAUCACUUUUAUUGGAAUUUUUAUCGUAUACAUAACUCUUCGCUAUAUUGCAAGACGUAUGCGCUCGAGAUUCUUUCAGAAGCCGGAAGAGAAAGGAAAAUUUAAAGCAGUGUGA